GGAAGAUUUAUUUUAUCGACGCUCCUUCCGCGAAGGCAGUCUGGUCGCACAUCUCCACGACAAUGUUUGGCGCUUUCAGACCGACGGUGCCCUCGAUGGGCGGUCUGCUUUGGAAGAAUCCCUGGCGCCUCUCUGGGCCACGAAAGAUGCGCGUCCGACAACGGCUGCGUGCAGUCGAUGAUGUCGUCUCGACCGUCGAGGCCAGUGGCGUGAACGUCGCUGCGCUCAGAAGGUGGCGGGAGGAGAUGCCGACCGAGGCCGAGAUGUUGCCCAAGGACAAGUACACAACUUUCUCAAAACAGGCGAGAGAUUUCAGGAAGAGCGUUCACAAGGUCCCAAAGUGGACAAGGCUCUCGCUGAGGACAAACCCGCGAGGCUUCUAGACGCUGCUGGUGGCCUGUCGUGUCCUGCCCAACAUGUAGUAUUAUCAAUUCGCCCAUCAUCGAGACCUUAUUUGCACUAUCAGCACGCGAG